AUGAGUUUUGAUCUGCAGCGGACCAAGCGUCACUCUAGCGCUUUAUCCAGUUCAGAAUCGUCGAUUCCCGGUUUGGCUCAACGUCGUAGUGGGGGUUCCGGAGGCCUGCUCAAUAUCCAAGGUGCGGCGACCAUUGGAAGGGAACAGGUCGAUUUGGAUGAGCUUGAAAAUGCCUCUGGUCGGCCUGCCUAUUUGACUUCGACGUCGACUUACCUCGAUUUUUUGAGGACUUACUUUGUUCACAUUGGACAGGAUCCAGGGCAUCAUGGAGCGGAUACUGUUCUGUCGAACAUACAGGACCAUCUGAAUAGUCCUGCUCAGCCCGACAUUGAUAACGCGAUGAUGUUGAAGGAUGACAUUGUCAAACGUGUGGAUGACAAGUUAGCCAGCCACUUAGACAAGGAAAUGAAAGCCUCCACUUCACAAGGAACGGAAGCGGAUGUGGAACCUCUUUCGGGUGAGGCAUUUGUUCUGAAGUCGCUCUCUGACGCUGCUCCGAAUCAUCUGCAGAACUAG